GCCCAAAGACGGUGCAUGCAACCUCCGUGACGCGGAAAGAGCCCAUAUCCGUUUUCGGUAGGGACUUUGACCCAUGGCCUGUCUUGGAGGUAGAGGGCCCGUUCGAUAUGCCUGGGCAGGGUCCUUUGGAGUCUUUCACUAUGCCAGACGGCUUACCACUCGUGAGGCUCACUUAGUCGUUCAGGACUCAAUGGAAGGAACUUCCGAUACACUUUGGCAUGCGGUCCGAUUCCAUGACGCGGACGUACAUGGACUGCGUCUUUCUCAGAAUAGUGCGGCACAUCGCCUCCGAUGAGUCUAAAGUUCCGUUGCGCUUUCUCGGCGCUUUCUCGGCAACAUAUACUUCACCGGAAACCGGUAUCACUCUGUCGGGUGCAAACGAUUACUUUCUGGGCUACGGGAACCAAAGUUCGGAAUCACUGGCGAAUGUCUCGCUCGUCUCUCAAGCGAAGACCAGAGGAACGAAGAUUGGCGACAAGGUUAUCUCACACACACUUGCUCACAUGCUGAUGGUGCAUAUGGCCCGGAAACGGACGAAGAAGGAGGACCCUCGGGUUUACCGGUUUGCAACGAUUGGAUGGGAACGGGAAUUCCUGGUCUUCGAAGACGAUGGAAGGGUUGGACGGUCGCACACGUCCAAGAUGAGGUGGCAGGAACAAGAUCUAUGGAGAAUACUGAGUUCGUUUUCGAAACUGCACGGGACUCCAACUCGAAAACCACGCUUUACGAAACGUCGGAAACCGGACUGAGAGAAGCGGGGCCGGUGCCGUACACUUUCAAAAUCAUCACCAAGCAUCUGCCUAUGAGAAGCGACGAAGAGGGUCCCGAGUGAAAGUACAGUCCCUGUCGGGCAGCUUUGCCUCCCCGUCGUCAGAUCAGUCCGACGACGAGUAGGCACAGCUCCAUGGUUGUCAUGAUUGU